AUGGGAUCACCAAUCGUUGCUCUACUCCUCAUCGGAAUCUGCUGCCUGGCUUUGGUCAAUAAUUCCAACGCUGAGUGCUGCACCGCCAAGGCGGAGGUGAUCUACAAGAUGGACAAGGGAGGCUGCAGCGAUGUCGGAGGAACUGGUGAAGAUCCGCACAACUGCCAAAUCUACAUCUGCGCGGAUGGGGUCGCCCUGCACGGCGCAUAUUGUGGCAGGGGUCCUUGCAACGUUUUCGGCUGCAACUGCGAUGGCGGAUGUCUGACUGGCGACUGGAGCCGAAGUUUCGUAGAAAACAACCGAUUCUAUGGAGUCGAAACUAUUCGAGUUACCAUGUUCCCAUUUUAA